AUGAAGUACAUCAGCGCACUGCCCAUCGUUGCUGGCCUUGCUGCCGCCCAGAUGCAGGUCAUGAAUCUUGCGCCAGCAGCUGCGAGCGGACCGACCACACACACCGUCGUAGUUGGCGGAAUGAAGCCCGUCGCGAAUGGCAUGGUUCCCGUCCUUGGAUACAACCCAGAAUCCAUUACCGCCAAUGUUGGCGAUGUUGUCGAAUUCCAGUUUAUGCAAAAGAACCACACAGCCACGCAGUCCACCUUCGCCGAGCCUUGCAAGGCUAUGGAAGGCGGCAAAGACUCGGGCUUCAUGCCCAACCCUGAUGGCGCUGCUGGCGUGACGUGGAAUAUGACUGUCGAAACCACUGAUGCGAUAUGGAUGUACUGCAAACAGGAAAAUGGCGAACACUGCGGCAAAGGCAUGGUUUUCAGCAUCAACGCCAAAUUCGACGGCGACAAGACAAUGGCACAGUUUAAACAACUUGCUAUCAAAUCGAACGGCACUACACUCCAAGACUCUCCGAUCCAGCUCGUCAACCUUGCCGCCGCCGCCGCCACUCCCUCUCCGGUCACAGUCCUGGCUGAGGGUGCCGGCGCUGGCGCUACAGCGUCUGGAAGCGGCGCGAUGGCGAGUGCGACUGUCAUUGGGGGACAAGGAACCGACGGUGCCGGUCAGACCUGCACAUGCAGCUGUCUGUGCGGUAUGAACUCCUUCCCCGCGAGUGCGGCGGUCAACAACUUCGGUGGAUUCGCUGGUAUGAUCGGAUAG